AUGGCACCGUCCUUGUUUCUGCUCUUCCUAGUCUCGUCGUCGGUGUGGGUGGCCUUAUCCUUACCAUUGCCGGUGGCGGCAGCAGAUGGGCAAGCAGGAGGAGAGCAGUGCCCGCCCUUUAUAUGCGGCGACGUGACCAUCUACUUCCCGUUUGGGCUCAUCCCGAAGGGCGCCGAGAAAACCAACUGCGGGGCCGGGAUUGGGUUCCAGGUUCGUUGCCAUAACUACACCACCCCGACGCCAUACCUCGGAUACUCUCAGAGCGAGCACGGCAUGCAGAUCCUCAGCAUAUUUUACCACAACCACUCCUUGCUCAUCGCCGAUAGACACUGGCCAUAUUUCAAUACUACUAGCACUGGAAGAUGCCACACCUUCCGGACCAGCACCUCGUCCCGUCUUGCUCCUCCGUUCUCGAUCAGCUCCGUCAAUCAGAACCUCAUCUUCUACAACUGCACCAAGCCGCCGCCGCCAGUCGCGGGGCUCGUGGAGACGGUAUGCCACAAGAACACGUUUGUUUGUGCCGCCGAUGGGCGUCCCGACGAGUCAGCAGGCAGCUACUUUUUGGAGGACUGCAACGCUACCAUGGUACCGGUGCUCGGGGUGUCCGGCAAGGUGAACGCAACCAACUACGAGCAACUCGUCAGGGAUGGCUUCCUAGCGACAUGGCAGUGGCCACCACCGCUGCCGCCGCCAGGAAGCAAGUGGAGUCACGGGAAGACAAUACUAAUAGUUUUGAUGGCAGCAACCGCAAGCUUGCUCUUUCCAUGUAUUUAUGUACUGGUAUGGCAUCAAAAGGGGCAGAGACUAUGGUUUCGCCUAGGAAGAAAGGCUAGCAGCAGCACUGAAAGGAACAUUGAGGCUCUAAUGGAAUCUUAUGGAUCCCUAGCUGCAAAGAGAUACAACUACUCAGAGGUAAUGAAGAUAACUUCCUUUCUUAAUCAUAAGCUCGGGGAAGGUGGUUACGGAGUGGUUUACAAAGGGAGGCUACUUGAUGGCCGUCUAGUCGCCGUGAAAUUUUUGCAUGACUGCAAAGGACAAGGGGAUGAGUUCGUAAAUGAGGUUAUGAGCAUUGGAUGGCAAAAUCUCUACACUAUAGCAAUUGGGAUUGCUCAUGGCCUAGAAUACUUGCACCACAGCUGCAAUACACGCAUUGUACAUUUUGAUAUCAAGCCCCAAAAUAUCCUUCUUGAUCAAGAUUUUUGCCCAAAGAUUGCUGAUUUUGGUUUAGCUAAAUUCUGUCAGACCAAGGAGAGUAAGUUUUCAAUGACUGGAACCAGAGGAACAAUUGGAUUCAUUGCUCCAGAAGUUCAUUCUCGAACCUUUGGAGUUGUUUCAACAAAAUCAGAUGUUUAUAGUUAUGGAAUGAUGUUGCUAGAGAUGGUUGGAGGCAGGAAAAAUGUGAAAUCAGUAGUUGAAAAGUCAAGUCAGAAGUAUUUUCCAGAUUGGAUUUAUGACCAUUUUUCCCACGAUGAUGGGUUAGAAGCUUGUGAAGUCACAUGUGAAGUGCAGGAAAUUGCUAAAAAGAUGAUUUUAAUUGGUUUGUGGUGCGUGCAAGUACUACCAAUGAAUCGCCCUACAAUAACAAAGGUUUUGGAAAUGUUUGAAAGAGGCUUAGAUGAAUUGGACAUGCCACCAAAGCAAAACUUCAAUAACAUACCGUAA